AUGGAGCACAGGCACCUGCCCUUGCCAACAUUCUCCAGGGUGACCACCAAUGAGCUCUGCGAAAUCGAGUAUGACUUCGACGAUGAGUCUGCGGUGAUGACCUUUAUUCAGGAUAUUGCGAAUCCCAUGAAUCCACGCGGCAAAUGUUUCGUCGCGGAGCUGGAGGUCCCCUGGGUGGACAUCAGCUUCUAUGCCAAGCAGCAGCUGUUGAAGAAGCCCCCGUUGGAAGAAUGUGGAGUUGUCAUCGACUGUGGAAGUGUGGAAAGAUUCUUGAUUCCAACGAUCAGGACCAGGACAGCGGGUAACGGCAGUGUGGCAGUGAAAUGCAUCGACAUUGCCGCGCCCAUUAGCCACGAUGAGGGCGAAGCCUACGAGCGGGUCGGAAUCCGGCUUCCAACCGGAUCUUUCACAUACGCUUUCUUCGAGUCGCAGUACUUGGCGCGAGCAGAGGAUCCGCGCAGAGGCGCGCUUUUCCUGAUCGAUCCGAACAUGAUUCUGUGUCAGAAUGCGAUGACGGAGGAGCAGAAGAAGGAAUUCCAGACUUAUGGCGGCAAGAAAGUCCUGUACUUUGACGUUCUGGAUGAUCCUAACAUUAAGGAGAGAAGGGCAGAAAUCCAGCGCUGCAGGGAGAAGGGUGACGAGCAACGUAGAAGAUACGAGGAGGCCGACAGGAAGUGGGAAGAAGAGCGAGAGCAAAGACUCUUGCAGGCACAGCUCGACGCGGAGAAGCCCAAGCUGAGCAAAAAGGCCAAGCAGAAGGCUCGACAGGCCAAGAAAGCGUCUAAGCCUGGGACAGAAGAGCCGAAGGAACCGGUUGCUGACAAAGCAGAUGACGAACCAAAUCUGGAUGAAGACUCCGAGCAGGAGCGUCUUCACAAGCAGCGCCAAGCAGAGCGACGAGCCAAAAUUGAGGAGGACUUGAAGCAAGAGAAGGAACAGGAUUCGCACCGAAAAAAGUUAGAAAUGGCAGAGGCCAAGCGGCAGGCCCAAGAGGAAGCUAAUCGAAUCGCAACCAUGAAGACUCUUCUGCAGAAGGUGCAAUCCUCCUUGCCCAGCUCCACCCAGGGCUACUCCGGGCAGACCAUCUGA